AUGCUGAAGAUGUUGCGGGUCAGCAGCGAGCUGGAAGAGGAGGAGCCAACGAAAGAAAUUCCAGUUGCAGAGAAGGCGAAGCGGAGAUGUUGCUGGCACUGGCUUCGUGAGCUCUACGCAGCCUUUGGCAACUUCAUCCCCUUUGCAGUGCUAACCUAUGGAGUCAACCAGAGCGUUGCAUGGGCCAUAGGGGGCUUCGCCAUUCGCUUCUACAUGAAAGAUGUGUUGGGACUGGAUGGUGCUACCAUGGGACGUCUAACCACAGCUGCCGGGCUUCCUUGGAACAUGAAGCCUUUCAUGGGCAUGCUGUCCGAUGGUAUCGCUUUCUGCGGCUACCACCGCCGAUCCUACAUCGUCGUUGCCGCAGCUGGAGGCUUCGCCUCGUACAUUUUGCUGGGGACCUUGGCAUUGCCAGCUGCUGCCCUGGUGGUUGUGAUGGUUGUGAUUAACCUCUCGGUCUCCACCACGGACGUGAUCGUGGAUGGCAAGGCCGCCGAACUCUCGCGCGAAGUCCCGAAGCAUGCGUCCGAUUUGCAGUCGCUGUUUUGGGGCGUCUCGGCUAUCUUCGGUUUGGCGUCUUCAAGUUUGAAGGGGGCGCUCGUCGAAUGGUUUUCGCCGCAGAAAGUGCUGCUUAGCAUGACGGCAUGCUCGGUCAGCCUGCUUCUGCCAGCCCUUUGGGGGUGGAUGCCUGAAGAAAGACUUCCGGAGGCUCGUUGCUGCCGCGCCAAGCUGGACCAGUUUCGGAAGCACCCCUCCGUGUCCGCGGUUGCUGUGCUCAUGACUGUCGUUUCCACCUGUUUGUCGUCGGUCCAGGUGCUGGUUUCCAAUACGCAAGCACGAGCCAUCAUCACCCUGCUUUGUGCGGCUGCUGUUGCCGCGCAGUCAUACCGAGCAUUGAACCAGCACCUGUCCCGAAGAAAGAAGUGUAGGGGUUCAGGUUCAGAUCAGGAGUAA